GUUCUAAAAUAGACCAAGGAAAAGGAAAAAUUCCACAGAUGGCUCAGGCUCAUCAGACCUGAUGAUGAAUCUCAUCAUCAUCUAAACAUGUGUUCUUAAUGUAAACAGCUGCUGACCUCUUGAUGGCUUCUCCUAUGUUGCAUCAGUUAUGCGGAAAAUAAACAUGUUCCACCUCAAUCCCCGCCCCCAGCAGCAAUGGCCUGAAAAGACGGAUAAAAGUCAGUUGGCUGCACAGACAGAGAGUGUGAGAGAGAGAGAGCGAGAGAGAGAGAGAGGGAGAGGGAGAGAGAGCCCUGCUGUAAUCCUUUACCCUGAGCAUCAGAGCGAGGCAGUGUCAGUGUGAAGGAUGGUCAGGGAAACGCUGCUGUCGUCCUCUGCUGUGAUGAAGAUGUGAGCAGCAGAAUCCAUCAAGAUGACAGCUCUGCUCAGCCUCUGCUUCCUCCUCCUCCUCCUCCUCCUCUCUGCUCGUCCAACAGCCGGUUAUUUAACCGUUUCCACUGAACCUCUUCCUCCCGUCGUCAUCGGAGACACAGUCACUCUCAAGUGCAACUUCCAGACCGACGGCAAACUCCGAGAGAUUGUGUGGUUUCAGGUGAUGGAAGGAGGCGGUGCCAAGCAGAAGAUUUUCACCUAUGAUGCCAUUUACAACACUAGCCACUCCCACAUGGAGGACAGCCGCAGAGAGGAAGACCUGGUCUACCAGUCAACUGUGCGGGUUCCUGAGGUCCAGAUGGAGGAUGACGGACUGUACGAGUGUCAUGUCGGGAUCUAUGACAAAACUUCCAGAGACAAAGUCUUUCUAGCCUCUGGCAGCAUCACCCUCGCUGUCAUCGUACCUCCCAACUCAAUUUCUCUGGUAGCAGCCAACGCUCAAGCUCCUUUCAGCCGCUACGAGGCCCAGAACUUCACUCUGGUUUGCGUAGUCACUGGAGCAAAGCCAGCUCCCGUGGUGCACUUUAAAAGGGACGGUGAGCUUAUAGAUGUGCUGCCGUCUUCCCAGAAUUUCUCCUCAGUGGAAGUCCAAAACAAGAAACCAAGUCAAGAAAAGAAACAGGGUCAACGCAAGAUGGGGAACUGGAUUUCUGAGGUUCCCACCAGUCAAGACCUUGAUGACACUAAACUCCAAAAGUCCAUGUCCCUGCUGAAAGAAGAGGGGAAACUGGCUCAGCUGGGCCAAGAUGGCCCCGACGUUGGCUCGGAACAGGCUCAGGAGCAGGGGUCAGAGUCCAGCCCCGAGCCGACCACUGAAAUGAUCCCUGAAACGGUGGUGAGCCGAGAGUUUCCCCGCUGGGUCCAGAGCAGUGACCCACUCUACUACUUUCAGCACCGGCAGCAGCCAGCAGUCGAUGGCACCAUGGAGGUGAGAGCCAUGCUGACCUGGAGGCUUAACCCCCAGCUGGACAACGAUGCUCUGUUCAGCUGCGAGGUCAGCCACCCUGCGUUGUCCAUGCCCAUGCAGGCUGAGGUCACACUGGCUGCUCCACGAGGACCAAAACUAUCCAUGAGCCCCAGCAGGGCCAAGGUGGGAGACACGGUGCUCAUCACAGUCCAGGACUACCAGCUGGGACCUUCGGCAAGCGAGGUCUUCCCUGAGCCCAUGUUCACCUGGACCAUGGUCGGUGGACGCCUGCUGGACGGUCGAGAGGAGCACCGCGGCAGACAGCUCGUCCUGGACAGAGUCCCCGCCGAUCUCAAUGGCUCCAUGUUCCGCUGCAUGGCCCAGAAUCCUCUGGGCUCCACGGACACUCACACCCGCCUCAUUUUGUUUGAGAACCCAAGAAUGAAGAAACAAUUGAUCGCUAAGGACGUGGGGAUUCGCCUGUGUUCCCUGACGUUAACGUCCAUGCUGCCGCUGCUGUGCUUUGUCAGUGAGCUGACGUGACUCAAGACUCUGCUGCUGCUGCUGCUCCACUCAGCACCUGCACCGACAUCUACCUGUGGCACCAGCUCUUCGAUAACAGGCCCAUCCCACUUACAGUACCUCCAUCCUGCUGUUAGCAGCAACAGGAAUAUUUAAGGUGCAGUACGACCUGAACGCGAGACAUGAACAGAUCUUGUACAACAUGUCUCUGACUGAAAAGGAAGUUUCUGGAUGUAGAGUGCAUAUGUACACAAUUUUUGUCUUCAAAAAAACUCUGUUGACCAUGUCAGGACCACAAGUCCUCAUGAGGACCAAAGUUAGGUCCAGGAUUGUUUGGGCCUUUAUUUUGGCUUUCCUUCAUCACAAACUCCCAAAGACAGCAUCCUUAUAAUAUUCCUUUCCAAUUAUUUUUACUUGGGGACCAAAAUCGUGUCUAUUGAACUGAAGCAGGACCAGCUUUAUGAACCGUGAAGCUACGUCGAGAUCAGUGUUUCCUGCUUUAAAAUGAUGGAGCUCUAAUUUGGGGAAAGCUCCAAAUUAUUUUUACCGUUUAAGGUCAGCAUGGAUUUCCAGUUACAACA